UGUUUACGUCCUGAGCAGACAAGAGCGUCCUGCCUCCCCCUGCCUCGCCCUGCCUCGCCCUGCCUCACUCACCCAGCGGUAGUGGCCCUCACCAAGCCGCUGAUUCUCUAGUGGUGUAGACUAACCCCUCUAAUUCGCUCCGAUGCCUAGAAUGAGCAGGAAGUCGUCCUACUCUUAUCACGGAGGAAGCGAAGGGCAAUAAUAAACAGGUGUUGCACAGAAUCAGGUGGCGAGAGGUAUGUGGCAAAGACCAGACAGUAGCCUCUCCCACCGCUACAGACGAACAGAGGUGCAUGGAAUCCCUCCACCUGGUGAGAGUGAAGAUGGCCAGCGUUUAAGAUUCCAAGUGGAGCUGGAGUUUGUUCAGUGUCUAGCAAACCCCAACUACCUCCUCUUCCUGGCCCAGCGUGGUUACUUCAAGGACCAAGCGUUCAUCAACUACCUGAAGUACCUGCAGUAUUGGAAGGAGCCUGAGUAUGCUAAGUUUUUAAAAUACCCCAUGUGCCUUUACUUCCUGGACCUGCUGCAGUUUGAGAACUUCAGGAAGGAGAUUGUCAAUGGGCAGUGCUGCAAGUUCAUAGAUGAUCAGACGGUGCUUCACUGGCAACAUUACUCCCGUAAGCGCAUGAAGCUCCUAGAGACGGGAGCCAACCAGCAGGGAUCCCAGACACCAGUGUCCCAGUCCACCGCAGCAACCGGCAACCCAACCCCAACCACCCUCCCCUCCAGCCUCAUCAAUGGCCAUGGCCAGAUACAGAAGGUGUGAGGCAAGGCCAGGGCAUCCUGUGUAGAAAGUUUUAUGUUCAUCACCCCCCUCCCUAUUCACAAAAA